AUGGAAAACAUGGAACAGCACUCACCACCGCCAGAAUAUGCCCAGGUUGCUUUAGAAAGCGACCUUAACAAUGUACACUCCGAUGACAGCAAAGAACAGGAAGGCUUCGAAAUGAAAACUCUCGAUAAGUCAACUGAUAAACCAACGGUGAUGACAUCUGAUAACGAGGAAUACACGGCAGUUAACAUCGAAGAGGAAGACGAGGAAGUCGAAAACGAGGAGAACCACCCGAAUUAUCCUAGUAAUUGUCUUACGAGAAAAAUAGACCAGUUUGAUCGUUACGUGAGCAGGUUGUGUCGACACCACAAAAACUACAUCAUGUAUAUGAUCUACGGAGUUUUACUGGCUGGUUAUAUUAUAUAUUUCGCAAUCGCGUUGACGAAAGAUUUCCACCGAGCGUUGGCGCUGUUCAUCAUGACUGUGUUUGCGGUCAUGCUGGUUACUUACAGACUAGUCGGCAAGUACUGGGGUGACCUCAUAUGCAGUCGUAUACGUGAUCCGUGUAUGAUGUACAUUAGGAAACACUGGGUGGUUCUGAAGUGGGUUGUUCAUGUACUCUUAUUGGUAGCUCUCGUUGCAUUUGCAGCUGCUAUGGGCGUAUUUCAUUCAAUCAUAAAUAAUCCUCAGCAGUUGGUAUCGGCUUUCGGUAUCGUCGUAUUCAUUUUGUUCAGUUUAUUGUGUUCAAAACGACCGGGAUGGGUUAACUGGCGGACAGUUUUCUGGGGCCUCGGUCUUCAGUUUUGCCUCGGAGUAAUAAUACUACGCACCAGCGUUGGAUUUGAUGCGUUCCUCGGCUUAGGCAAAGAAGUUCAGACCUUUCUUAGUUAUGCAGAUGUUGGGGCUGAAUUCGUAUUCAGCGCCCCUCUCGAAGUUUUACCUGUUAUAAUCUUUUUCAGUUAUAUUUUGGCUAUGCUAUAUUAUCUUGGCGUCAUGCAAUGGAUUACUGAAAGAUUUGCCUGGGUCAUGCAGUACACAAUGGAGACUUCCGGAACGGAAUCGUUGUGCGCAGCCGCAAAUGUGUUCACAGGCAUGACGACUGCUCCACUGAUAAUAAAACCUUAUCUCGAUGAGAUGACGUCAUCCGAGAUACACGCCGUAUUAACAAGUGGUUACGCAACCAUAGCUGGCAGUGUUCUUGGUGCAUACAUUGCAUUCGGUAUCAGCGCUUCACACCUACUAUCAGCAUCAGUUAUAUCGGCGCCCGCAGCAUUGGCUGUCUCUAAAAUAUUCUAUCCUGAAUUAGGCAGACCAACCACGCUGAAUGUAAUCAAUAUUUCUACACCUAAAAGGAAAGAAAAGAACAUACUAGAAGCAGCAACAAACGGAGCAAUAGACGGCUUAAAUAUAUGUGCUAACGUUACCACUCAGCUGAUAGCAAUUAUUUCAACAUUAGCGUUCAUCAACGCUGUGUUAUCAUGGCUUGGCAGCAUGGUGGAUCACCCAGAACUCAGCUUUCAGUUCAUAUGUUCAUAUGUCUUAUAUCCUGUUGCGUGGUUGAUGGGCGUUGACCCGGAAGAUUGUCAUCUUGUAGCCGAACUAAUUGGCAUCAAGACGUUCCUCAACGAGUUCGUUGCAUACGGUCAAUUAGCUGAUUAUAUUAAAAACAGACAUGCUGGAAUAAGUCCAUCAAUGUCGGUUCGUUCUGAAGUGAUUGCCACCUACGCCUUAUGCGGGUUUUCAAAUUUUGGCGGUAUAGCCGUAUUCAUCGGUGGUCUAGCACCACUCAUGCCACAAAGGAAAGCUGAGUUAGCCAUACUGAGUGUGUUGUAUAAUGAUGAAGGCCCGAUAUACUUUGACGCCAACAUCCUCGUAGAGCCGACAUUAAAUAUAACAUCAAUUGAAGUCGCCAUGACUACCAACUACACCACAUAA